AUGGAGAAAAACCAACAAGAUAAGGAAGGGUAUAUGGAUCAGAAGAGGGAAGCGUGCUGCAAAGGAGCAUGCGAAUUUAUUUCAAGAAAACACCUUUCUGAUGAUAUAAUGCCUCACAUUCUAAACAUAUAUGGAUCCCGUGCAACGGCCUCUGACUUUGAAAUCUACAGUCCAAAUGCUUCCUUUGAGGACCCACUGAUGUGUGCUCGUGGGUUGAAGCAGAUCAAAUCAGCGUUUUAUUCACUUCCGAAGAUCUUUAGUGAAUCAAGAAUUGUGGAAUACGACAUCACAGAAAAUAUGAUUUCACCAGGAAAUCAUGAGAUAUUGAUUGAUAACAAACAAUAUUACAAGUUCAUGGGGAAAGACGUAGAUGUGAUAUCACUCAUCAAAUUGCACCUUUUGGAAGGAAAAGUUGUUCGCCAUGAAGAUUGGUGGGACAAGAAGCCUCUUUGGAAUAGAGAAACAGUUAAGAUACCGCUGAUUGGCCGCGUUGUGGAAAUGACUCGUAGGGGUUCAAUGUUGGCAACUCAUGUUUUGAUGGGGUUUGGGAAGGAUCCAUCCACGGAUAUAAAAUGA